AUUGGACUAAUGUAUAUUGUGUGUCSACAUUGCAAUGCAUUGAAAUUCAAAAUUGAAGCCCCUGGAUUGUGUUGCRCCAGCGGCCAAGUCAAAUUGACGCCAUUGGUACCACCACCAAAGCAACUACAUUCAUUGGCUUCUGGAAAUGGGCCAGAUUCUAAUAAUUUUUUGAUUCAUAUCCAGCAAUACAAUAAUUGCUUUCAAAUGGCAUCAUUUGGCGCAACAAAAGUUAUUCGAAACAAUUUUAUGCCUACUUUCAAGAUUCAGGGUCAAAUAUAUCAUCGAACAGGUUCCUUAUUGUCAAUGCCUGAUGAAGACUAUAAAUUUUUGCAAAUAUAUUUUAUGGGCGAAUCAGCAAGAGAAGUCGAUCAGCGUUGCGCAGACAACAACUCAAUGAAAAGAUCCAUUGUGGAASAACUUCAAACAUUUUUCCAUCAACACAAUGAAUUAGUUGCAUUAUUCACAACUGCAUUAGACCGCAUUUUAUUAGAUAAUCAUAAAAUUGUCAUCAGAGCCGAUAAGGCGCCUACAGGAAAAUUUAGAAAACCGAGACAUUGUUUUACUUCGGCGAAACGAUCAACUUCAGCAUGUGUUACAAUAUCCUUUCCUAUUUUGGCAAG